CAAAAAUACAAAACAUCAAUUUUAUUUUUAGACACGUAAAUAAGUCGAAUAUUUCACAAUUUUUUCGAUAAACUUACGUGUCAUUAACUUGUGGCUAAGUCAAGUUUGAAAAUGAAUGAUUUGUAAGACCACAACUUAAAACAUAAGAAAAUGUUUUCAUCGUUAAUUUCUAAGAUUAAAGAAAUAACUCAUCCUGUGCCUAGCCAACAGCCUGUAGAAUACCCAGAAUGCAAUGAUAAUGAUCUCAAUGAAGAUGGAUUCCUUGUUUUAGGCGAAACUCAAUCAGAUAGAGAAGCUAUCAAUGGUGGCACAUUUGACCCCAAUUCAGUAGAUACCCCUCCAACAUAUGAUCAGGUCAUGACUGCUCCAGUAUUAUCCAAUCAGCCAUCAGUAUUUCCUACCUCAUUGCAGACCACACUGCCCCUUGAUGGAGGUCGUACACCAAUCACAGCCAUCUCAGAUGUUCCAUUCAAACUAGCACCUAGUCUUGCCAUUGUUAAAGACAUUCAAGAAGAUUCUUCCUUCUCUUUUAUUUGUGAUACUAGGCCUAUUAACUUUAAUUGGAAGAAAUACGAUUAUGAUUUUUCUGCAGAAGAGUCUGUUUUGAGGGACUACUGUUUAAAUGGUAAUGACUUCAAUCAUUAUCAGUGAAGUAAAAUAUUAUUUACCUUGUGGACUCUAAGAAAUUGAAUCUAACCUGAGAAACCUAAGAUUUGUCAAUAUCGGUGAAAUCCUGGUCAGGGUUGUUAAUUUGACUAGUGCUCUAAUUAACCACUCAUGUCUUAGUAGAGCUCUUUUGGGAUGAAUUUUUAAACAUUGUUUAAACUAUGAACUAUGUGAGUGCAAUAUUCUGAGAUAUUUUGUUUUUCUGGUUCAUGGACAACCUUUUCAGCACACUAUGAUUUUAUUUAUGAUUUAUUUUUUCACUAAUAAAUUUAUUUAUACAU